AGAGAAAAGCAUUUUAUUCUCUUGUAAAUUGUGUUGUAGUCAUCCCUCUCUCUCUCUCUCUCUCUCUCUCUCUCUCUCUCAAACGACCAAUGGUGUUCAAAGAGGCAAUACUUGUCACUCUCUUAGUUGUUGUUCUUGGCAGCCAGAGGAGUGAAGGACUAAGCAGGGGCAGCUUCCCAAAGGGUUUUGUCUUUGGAACAGCUUCUUCUUCUUAUCAAUAUGAGGGGGCCGUGAAGGAGGACGGAAGAGGACCCACUGUUUGGGAUACAUUUGCUCAUACGUUUGGGAAGGUAAUCGAUUUAAGCAAUGCUGAUGUUGCGGUGGAUCAGUAUCAUCGCUUUCAGGAUGACAUACAACUCAUGAAAGACAUGGGAAUGGAUGCUUAUAGAUUUUCGAUAGCCUGGUCUCGGAUUUUCCCAAAUGGGACUGGUCAAGUUAAUCAAGCAGGGAUCGAUCACUACAACAAACUCAUAAAUGCUUUGCUUGCCAAAGGAAUAGAACCAUAUGUCACCCUUUAUCAUUGGGACCAUCCUCAAUCAUUACAAGACAGAUAUAAUGGAUGGGCACAUCGCCAAAUUAUAAAGGACUACUCAGUGUAUGCAGAGACAUGCUUUAAGGAGUUUGGUGACAGGGUUAAGCACUGGAUAACCUUUAAUGAGCCUCACACUUUCGCAAUCCAAGGUUAUGAUGUUGGUCUUCAAGCCCCUGGUCGCUGCUCCAUUUUACUUCGCCUUUUCUGUAGAGGAGGGAAUUCCGCGACUGAACCUUACCUAGUUGCUCACAAUGUUCUCUUAUCCCAUGCUUCAGUAGCUGAUAUAUACCGAAGAAAAUAUAAGGCAACACAAAAAGGGUCACUUGGGAUCGCAUUUGAUGUUAUUUGGUUUGAACCUAUGUCAAAUUCACAAGAUGACAUAGAUGCAACACAAAGAGCACAGGAUUUUCAGCUUGGCUGGUUUAUGGAUCCCUUGUUCUUUGGAGAUUAUCCGAAUUCAAUGAGGACAAGAGUUGGUGACAGAUUGCCAAAGUUCACAAGAGCUGAGGCUGCUACGGUAAAGGGGUCCUUAGAUUUUGUGGGUAUAAAUCACUAUACCACAUUUUAUGCAAAGCAGAAUUCAACCAAUAUAAUUCACAUCCUAUUCAAUGAUACACUAUCAGAUUCUGGUGCAGUCACUCUCCCCUUCAAGGAUUUUAAACCCAUAGGGGAUAGGGCUUCAUCGAUAUGGCUGUAUAUUGUACCAAAAGGAAUGAGAAGUCUAAUGAACUACAUCAAGAAUAAGUACAAUAAUCAACCAGUUUUCAUCACAGAAAAUGGGAUGGAUGAUGCAAACAACAUAUUUAUCCCCAUGAAAGAUGCUCUGAAAGAUGAAAAAAGGAUCGGUUACCAUAAUGGUUAUCUCGGUAACUUGUCAGCUGCCAUUAGGGAAGAUGGAUGUGAUGUAAGAGGAUAUUUUGUAUGGUCUCUUCUGGACAACUGGGAAUGGGCUGCAGGCUAUACUUCAAGGUUUGGCUUGUAUUUCGUUGAUUACAAUGAUGGACUCAAGAGAUACCCAAAGGAUUCAGUUCAGUGGUUCAAGAACAUGUUGAAUUCUCCAUAAGCGAAGUAACCGAAACCAAAUCAAACAGAAGGUCAUUGCCUAUGAACUUGGGCCCUUGUAAUUCUGGAGGGUUUUCAAAUUCAAUUAGUAUUGGUGCUGUGUAAUGAUAUUUGUAUAAACUUGGCACGUUAUCUAUACGAAUACUAAC